GCACGUUGCGCUUCACGCACCGAGAAACCACUGAGCACAUCAUCCGUGAAAACUGUCACUCUUUACACACGUGUUGUAGAAACUCAAAAUGUGGAUUAUACUACUGUGGAUAUCUGUCCAAGUUUUGCUGGGUACUUCAGUCGAAGCACAGCAUGUGGACCCUGAAGUGGGCUUAACAGCUCAGGAACAAGUUCUCCUGCUGUACGACAUCAAACUACAGUGCCUUCAAAACAUCUCUGAACACAACCCUGCUGAUGAGGUCUGUUCUCCUGGAUGGGACGGGUUGGUUUGCUGGCCUCAAGGUUCUCCAGGAACCAUCACCAAAGUGCCGUGUCCCAGUUAUGUGUAUGACUUCAACCACAACGGAUUUGCGUACCGCCAGUGCAGCUCGAAUGGAUCGUGGGUAUCGGUGGAGAACAGAACUUGGGUCAAUUAUUCAGACUGUCUGCGGUUUCUCGCUCCAGGCAUCGAAAAGGGCAAAAGGGACUUUUUCGAGCGACUGCACAUCAUGUACACUGUCGGCUACGCAGUGUCCUUCAGCUCACUACUAGUCGCCAUUUUCAUCAUCGGAUACUUUCGGCGUCUCCACUGCACCAGAAACUACAUCCACAUGCAUCUGUUUGUGUCGUUCAUGCUGCGCGCCGUCAGCAUCUUCGUGAAGGACAGAGUGGUGUACGCUAAUGGUGUCCUGCAGGAGUACGACACCAUGCUAAUGGACAACAUCAGCACCGUCUCCAUUUCCCCUCUUGACAAGACUCAGUAUUUUGGCUGCAAGAUCACAGUCCUGUUCUUCAUUUAUUUCCUGGCGACGAACUACUACUGGAUUCUAGUGGAGGGCCUGUACCUUCACAGCCUCAUCUUCAUGGCGUUCUUCUCCGACUCCAAAUAUCUCUGGGGUUUCACCCUCAUAGGAUGGGGUGUGCCCGCUCUCUUCGUGUCGACCUGGGCUGUCGUCAGGGCAACGCUGGCGGAUGUAAGGUGUUGGGAGUUGAGUGCGGGCAAUAUUAAAUGGAUUUACCAAGUUCCUAUACUGACAGCAAUUGGGUUGAAUUUCUUUCUGUUUGUAAACAUUGUACGAGUCCUGGCGACGAAGAUCCGAGAAACCAACGCAGGCCGCUACGACACACGUAAACAAUACAGGAAGCUGGCAAAAUCCACCUUGGUUCUGGUUCUGGUUUUCGGCGUCCACUACAUCGUGUUUGUAGGAAUGCCCCACACGUUCACCGGUCUCGGCUGGGAGCUGCGCAUGUACUGUGAACUUUUCUUCAACUCGUUCCAGGGAUUUUUUGUGUCCAUUAUCUACUGCUUCUGCAAUGGAGAGGUCCAGGCUGAAAUCCGCAAGACCUGGCUCCGCUGGACGCUAGCGUUUGACUGGAAAGGCCCUGUGGUUUUGGCUAACUACCGCUACGGGUCAGUACUGAACAACAGCGGCGCUAGCAAUCAAUCCCAGCUCAUGUCUGUGACCCGCAGUUCUGCCCUCCUCACCAGCAGGGUGUACCGUUGUGCUAGUCGACCUAGCAUCGGCUCGCUAACGCACACCUCACACAUACACACCUCCCUGCCAGGGUAUGUCUUCAGCAACUCGGACAUCGAAAGCCUCCCGCCUUCAAUUCCGGAAGAAUUAGAAGAGGAGGCCAAGCAUAUCGAUGACAUCACGCUGAAAGAAAGCGCAAAAAUUGCUAGCAACGUCACUGUGCAACAGGAAGCACUAGGCAUCUGUUUCGAGGAGAGUGCGCAAAACUCGACAUGUAUGGAUUCCGAUGAUGUCAUGAAGAGGCAUGAUGAUGUCACCCCUGUGGAAAUCGCCAAAUUUGCUGAUGACAUCAUGCUGAAGGAUUCUUUAUUGGUGAGGUACAACAAUUUGGAUCGGGAAAACGAGGAAGUACUUUAAAAAACCAUUUUAAUGCAAACUAACACUGUCAAACCAAAAGUAAUGGGAUAAUGUCCCAUAUGAUUAAAACUGGAUAUUUGGUGCGAAAACAUUGUAUUUACAAUUGAAAAAAGAUACUCUACCUAAAAACUUAAGGAAUUUGUUGGAUUGUAACAAUUGGGCACUAGAACUCAUUUGCAUCCACAAUGUAACAUAUUUAUAAGAGUUGAUUGGAUUGUAAAAAAAUGGGAUUCAUAAUAGAAUAGGGUGAAUGUGCGUUUGCUAAACAGUGCCUAAAUAGCUAUUUGUUGAAAUUUACCUAUUAACCAAUAGUCAACGCUGCCUGACAGAGGUCACGUGUAAAAGGAAAGUUGCCUAAGAAGAAGAGCCACAAAAACAUUAAUUUUUAUUACAUGCACUUUUAAAAGAAAAGAAAAAUAAAUAUAUAUAUAUGAAAAUCUCAAGCUAGUCAAAAAAGAGACAACAUGUGUUGUGUAAUGCACGAUAAUCUACUGCAUUGGUAGGAUCAACUUGUUUUAGUCAUUUUUAAGCCUUGCGUUCAAAGCCAAGUUUGCAAAAACAAAGAUUUAUAUUUGCAUUUGCUCUAUUUCCUCUUGAAAUUAGCAUCAUCGCACUUCCGUGAUUGGUUUAUGUAAGAGUAUGGUAAUAUUAAGGAUGUAUAAAUAUUUCCAUCAAGUGUCACACUGUGGGUUUUAUAUGAUAAAAUGAGGAAAUCAAACAAAGGGGAUUCAUGAAACACAAGCAGAAUGAAAAAAAAAGUCAAUAAAUUGACUUUAUAAAGUCAAAUCAGUCACAUUCAGUUUUCUACUAAGUGGUAUGGGUCAGUACAAUACGCAGGGGCGCCGCUGGCCACCAUGGGC